AUGGAUGUGGAUAAAACAACAGAAACAACAAAAGUGUCGGAAAACAACAAUCCAAAGGACCAGAAGUCAGAAUUGGUGCGUAUUUCCUUAUCAAAGGGAGAUCCACAUGUCACAACAGAGUUUAGAACUGAGCAAGUAAGAGAGGAGCCCAUUGGUGGAAGUGGCAGUCCAGAUAUUGUGAUGGUGAAAGAUUCGGACGGUCCAGAAAGUACGGAGGAAAGGCAGAGACAAGAGGAGGACACUCAGGAACACCUCAAGAAGCCAGGACUUGGCAGAAGGGCCUCGGACCUACUCAUGAAGAAGUUAGGACUGGGUAGUAAGAAAGAGGAAGGAAAGGCUAAGAAAGAGGGAGAAGAAAGAUCAACAAGUGAUGCUACCAUAGAUCAAAAACUGGCCACAGAUGCAGUCCCUGCUAGUACUAUCCCUGAGGAAACCCCACAAACUACUAUGGUAGACUUAGACCAGCUACAGUCUCAUUUCAGACUUGCCCCGUCUGAUUCCCCAUGUGCCAAGCCAACAGACAUACACUCAAGACCAACCUUCGUCCGAAGCUCCUCCCAAGACAGUUUUGUGAGCAUCCCAGAGGAUGAAAAUGAACUGUACUCCCCCUUUGAACAAGUCACCAUGGAAGAAGUCAUGGCAUCCAUAGCUCGCCGUUCCGCAGCCUCAGAUUCGCAGGUCAAAACCGAAUCUGCCGCUGACAAAUUAGCUGCUUUGCCGAUACACAGGACAAAGAGUAACAGUGAAUCAAAGGUCGCGAAUGAGGAUGCUACCGUCAGAACUGUCUCUCAACCGAUAUCUAUCUCCGCUCCGUCCACAAAGCUACCUAGAAGUGCGACUUCUCCAGGACUCUUGUCCAGUUCACCUAACCGAUCCCCAAACUCUCACAGCCCAAAUCUAAACCGGUUUAGGCUGUCUCCGUCCAAAGAGAGGGAAAGGCAAAUGAGGAGAAGUGUUAGUUCGAGUCCAGGGUCGGAACGCGCCACUUUUCCACAGGGGGAGACCAGAGCGAGCGCCGAGAACAUCCCGGAAGUUUCAGGCAGGAGGGAUGAUGGGAAAGAUGAGACAGACAGAGCAAGUCAUCAUGGGAAGGAGAGCCAUCAGUCUUCCAAAUUGUUCCACAAUGUCCGCAUCCCGAAAACUCAGACGGCGGUGGAGUAUAAGGGCAUGGGGACCAGGAAAUACACUUUGUACAGAGUCCAGUAUGAGACGACUAUCCUGGUGCCUAUGGAAGGUGAUGAGGAGGGACAGGAACUGUUUGAACCCAUCACUACGACCAUGUCAGUCCGACGGCGGUUCAGAGAGUUCAUCACCCUACACGCCGCCCUCGAGGAGAACCCCAAGUUUAGGAAGAUCAUGAAAAAUGUGAAAGGUCCCAACAGACUGUUCCACCUGCCGUUUGGUAACAUGGACAAAAACACCAUCAGACAGAGACGGGGACAGCUACAAGACUUCCUCGGGGAACUGUGCUCCAAACCAGAAGUGUGCCAGAGUAAAGAGUUACAGGAGUUCCUGGCUUACGGACGGGACGGCAGUAUAGCCUUCGUCAGAAAACCUCCUGAUAUCAUCCCAAGGUUUGACAAGCUGUUCACCAAUGCCGUUUCGGACCUGUUCGACACCGUCAAGUCAGCCCUGCCUUCCACCAGGUCACAUGACCAGGAGGGAGAUACCAAGUCCAACGCCAGGAGCGGGGGUGGAAAGUCCAGGCCAACGACUGUGGAGAGUAACUCAGGAAUAAGGAGAAACCUAGCCUUUGUGGAUUCAACAAUGUCUGUUGAGACGACAUUGCAGAUGUUUAUUGUGGAGAACGACCGAGAAAACGAGGCACUGUUACGAGACGACGUGGGUCGACCACGGGGAGCAGGGGAGGAACCGUUACUGCUGCGGGAUGGGGCACAGGGGGCGGGGGAUGAACCGUUACUGCUGCUUGGGCCACGGUCACAGGGUGACGGGUGUGACAUGGCAGACAUGGCGACGGAGAUGCAACACAAUGGACCUUCAGAGGAGCCCCUACCCCUAGCUGAUACAGCCCUCCUGAUUGGCUGUGAAGCCCUGGAGGGUCAGAGGUCGUGGUUCUGUGAGGACAGGGUACAACAGGUGGUGAGGACAGCCUGUGGGAGGCUGCUGGACCAGUGGCUCCACAGUCAGGUGACUUUUCUGACCAAUCAGGACCAGUGUGUUCAGUACCUAUCCCUGCUGCGGGAAGCCGUGUGGCCCGGCGGCGCGCUGCCAGACGAGCCUGAACCAAUCAGAACAGUGGAGGAGAAAGAGGAGAGCAAGCAGCAGGCUCUAGAGGCCAUGGUCAACUUCCUACCAGGCCUGUUCCCUGUGUUGCUGGGUCAGCUGCAGUACCAGGCAGCCAUGCAGGGGGCGCUGGAAGCCUUCCAGAACCCCAGAAUCAACAGACACGUGGCCUACUGCUUGCUGGACCUGUUGGUGGAGUCUGUGGUGUCAGAAGUGGACACAGCAGAGCUUCAGAGGAACCUUCUCCUGUCUGACAACCACAAACCUGACCCUACUCCUACAGACAUGGACCUGCUCUACUAAGGCCUGGGGAAAAAAGAUAAUCCCUACCUACUGACCCUAAUUGUGUCAGGACUGAAACAGGAAACACAACAUUUUUUUUCCUACACCUAACUCUGUGCUACUUUGGCACAUAAAAUCAAACCUGUCCAAGCUGGCCACUUUGGACAGGUGGUCUCCUUGAGCUGACCUCCAUGUCAGUCAACUGUCAAAAUCACCUCCCUCCCUCCAUGCAACUGUCACUAAUUUAUAAUGGGACAUAAAACACAAGUCAGCCACCCAAAAACAAUACUUCCAAGAAAUCAUUCUGUUAUAGUUAUGUCAUGCCUGUAGCUACAGUUUAAUGUAGCUAUGUUUAAUGCCAGGGUAUUUUUUCCUGUGCCAAAUGUAUUUCUCAUUUGUGGAACUUUCUCAAACACACAUAUCAUUGUAAGAGUU